AUGGCCGCCUGCCAGCGCUGUCUCUGGCCACCUGUUGCCAUCCAUCACGGGGCAGCCCUCCCCACCUCUAUCCUGUCCACAAAGCUCCGCGCAGCGGCAGCGGCCUGGCCUGGACCUGCUGCUGCUCCGGCCGUCUCCAUGACAACCAGAGCCUGGGAGGAGCUGGAUGGGGGCCUGGGCAGCUGCCAGGCCCUGGAGGACCACUCGGCGCUGGCCAAGUCCCAGGAGGACGGGGCUCCAGGGACACCCAGGCUGGCCGACUCCGGGAGCGGGAGCGUGUCCCACGACUCUCAGGAGUCGAGGGCUGAGGGUCGCAGUGUGGACACCAGGCCGAAGAAGAUGGAAAAGGAGAAAGAACCUGCCGCCAAAGGGACCCCAGGAACGGGGAAGGAGAGGCUGAAAGCCGGAGCCAGCCCUCGGAGCGUCCCCGCGCGCAAGAAGGCGCAGAGCGCGCCGCCCCCGCAGCCGCCGCCGCCGCCCCCAGCCCCGAGCGAGGAGCUGCCCUGGGGAGACGUGUCGCUCAACCAGUGCCUGGUGCUCGCCUCGCUGGUGGCGCUGCUGGGCUCGGCUUUCCAGCUGUGCCGCGACGCCGUGGCUGGGGAGGCUGCAGUCCAUGCGCCUGCGCUAGAGCCCUGGGUCCCGCCAGGCUCGGCCCCGAGGGAGCCAUCGUCGCCGCUGCCGAAGUUGGAGGCCUCGGCGCCCCCAUCCGCGCCGCCUGCGUCCCCGGCCGAGGUAGAGGCCAGACCCAAGGUUCCCAGGAGUCGGGAGGCUGCAGAGAAGGACGAAGGGGAGCCUGGUGAGGCCACCGGAGAGGCCGCCGGCGAGGACGGAGCGCCCCUCGACGACCGGGGGCCCAAGGAGAGGCCUCGGAGAGAGGGGAAGCCGCGGAAGGAGAAGCAGCGGAAGGAGGAGAGGCCGAAGAAAGAGAGGCCGCGGAAGGAGGAGAGGCCACGGGCCACCAGGGAGCCCCGGGAAGCCCUACCCCGGCGCUGGGAGUCACGCGAAGGGAGCCACAGGCCGUGGGCGCGGGACUCCAGGGACGCCGAGCCCAAGAAGAGGCAGGUCUGGGUCUCCCCGCGGCGUCCCGACGAGGAGGAGCGGCCUCGGAGUCGCCAGAAGCUCCGCGCAGGCAAGGGGCGGGACUGAGCCGGCCCGCGCUCCGCGCACCAGCCCAGGGACCCCUUCUCGACGCCCCGCGGCUGUGGCGAAAUAAAGCGAGUGCUGCGGCCA